AUGAAUUGUUAUUUUCGUCAAAAAUGGCGAGAUCCAAGAUUAAAUUUUCCUGAAUGGGUUGGUACAUUGUCAUUAUCAAUGAAAAUGUUAGAAUUACUCUGGAGACCAGAUACUGUAUUUCAUAAUUCAAAACAUUCUUAUUUACAUAAAAUUCCGACUAGUAAUCGUUUGAUUCGUUUAUAUCCCAAUGGAACAAUAUGGUAUUCAUCAAGAAUAACAGUGAAAGCUCGAUGUAACAUGAAUUUAAAACAUUUUCCAGUUGAUGUUCAAACAUGUGAUUUAGUAGUCGGAAGUUUUGCAAAUUCUCUGACCGAUAUGGAAUUUACAUGGCGUCUUGGAAACAAUAAAUCUGUUAAUUUUGAUACGAAAGUUGUUUUAUCACAAUUUGAUUUAAUACAAUAUCCACAAUACGACGAAAUUAUGAAGACAAAUGAACGUGUGAUGACAGUGUUAAGCAUGGCAACAUUAAGUUUUGAUAUUAGAAGUUAUAUUCCAGUUGUUUCCUAUUUUACGGCACUCGAUUGGUUUUUAACAAUGUGUUAUGUAUUUCUAUUAGCUUCACUAUUACAAUUUGCUUUUGUACAUUAUUAUACUAAAUUUGGCUAUGGUGAACCAAUUAUUCGUGUUCAAGAAUCAUUUAGUUCAAAUGAAUGUGAUUUAUUUGAUGGUCGAGUGACAUCAACAUCAUUUCAACGUAUGUCAAUAUGUUAUCCACGCGUUGCUCGUCUACAAAAAUCAAGAAUCGAUGAAGAUGAUAUUCUUAGUGAUGAUAAUAUGAGAAAGAAAAAAGAUAUAUUUUUAAAUCGUCAAACAGCAUUUCUCUUUUUUCUACGUUUAUGGAAAUGUUUAUCAGGCGAUACAAAGUACAAAAAACAAUUGCGUAAAAGUGCAAAUCGUUUUGGUAUUAAUAGUAUUAGUUUAUUAGAUAUUUAUGCAAGAAUUAUUUUUCCCAUGUGUUUUCUAAUAUUAAAUAUUAUUUAUUGGCUCUAUUAUUUAAAUGUCUAUCGUUCAUCACAAUAA